UGGAGAAACCGCUCAGACUGUGAAACUGUACGUGUGUUAAUUAUUGUUACUCUAUUUGAGUCCCUAACAAGUGCGUUGACUACUGAACCAGGAGCUGAUUGAGACACAACUCUGAGAUUUAGUUUGGAUUGAUUUAUCUUUAAUUAUUCUCUUCUUAAACAUGACAGAUUGUCCAAACACAGAAAAACUCCUGAUGAGAUCCACACACUGUUAUAAAAGAUGGCGUUUAUUAAAGAGGAGACUGAAGACGUGAAGAUUGAAGAAACAUUGAGAGUCAAACAAGAAGAUACUGAGGAACAAACAGACCUCAUGCUGCUGAAAGAAGAGUGCAUAGUACCGAAUGAUAUGGAAGAGGAAGAACAAUGUGAGACUCAUAAUGAUUUUAAAACCGAGGAAGAAUCUUUCAGUCGGCCACAGAUUAAAGAUACUUUCUCACAGAAAACAACUCCUAAAACAGAAACUGAAAGUUAUUUCACCCAUUUUCACUGUGAAAAGAGUUUCAGGGAACAUGAAAACCUUAAAGUCCCCAUGAAAAUUGACACUGGAGGGAAGACAUUCUCCUGCCAACAGUGUGGAAAAAGAUUCAAUAGAAAAGGACACCUUAAAGACCACAUGAAAGUUCACACUGGAGAGAAGUCUUUUACCUGCCAACAGUGUGGAAAGAGUUUCAAGCAUAAAGGAGACCUUAACAGGCACAUGAGAAUCCACACUGGAGAGAAGUCCUUUACCUGCCAACAGUGUGGAGUCAGUUUCACACAUAAAGGAAACCUUAAAGUGCACAUGAGAAUUCACACUGGAGAGAAGCCUUAUACCUGCCAACAGUGUGGAGUUAGUUUCACAAACAAAGGAAACCUUUACAGGCACAUGGAAAUUCACACUGGAGGAAAAUCUUACACCUGCCAACAGUGUGGAGUCAGUGUCACUCAUGAAAGAAACCUUAAAGAGCACAUGAGAAUUCACACUGGAGAGAAGCCUUACACAUGCCAACAGUGUGGAGCCCGUUUCACAUAUGAAGGAAAACUUAAAGCGCACAUGAGAAUUCACACUGGAGAGAAGCCUUACAACUGCCAACAGUGUGGAGUCAGUUUCACACAUAAUGGGAGCCUUAAAGUGCACAUGAUAAUUCACACUGGAGAGAAGCCUUACACAUGCCAACAGUGUGGAGUCAGUUUCACAAAUAAAGGAAACCUUUACAGGCACAUGAAAAUUCACACUGGAGAGAAAUCCUACACCUGCCAACAGUGUGGAGUCAGUGUCACUCAUGAAAGAAACCUUAAAGUGCACAUGAGAAUUCACACUGGAGAGAAGCCUUACAUCUGCAAACAGUGUGGAGUCAGUUUCAGAAAUAAGGGAAACCUUUACAGGCACAUGAAAAUUCACACUGGAGAGAAAUCCUACACCUGCCAACAGUGUGGAGUCAGUGUCACUCAUGAAAGAAACCUUAAAGUGCACAUGAGAAUUCACACGGGAGAGAAGCCUUACACCUGCAAACAGUGUGGAGUCAGUUUCAGAAAUAAGGGAAACCUUUACAGGCACAUGAAAAUUCACACUGGAGAGAAAUCCUACACCUACUAACAGUGUGGAGUCAGUUUCACACAUAACGGAAACCUUAAAAGUGC